AUGGCGCUUCCGGGCGACGGCGGCCGAGCACCCGAGGCUGUGAAGGGCUGCACAUUGAUCCCAGAACUGAACUGGAAGCCCACCUUAUGCUAUGAGUUCUCUCCGAAUGAGCUGGAGAGGGAGAUCGCCACCGCGGAAGAAACCGUCCAGGCGCUCCGCGGAGCCCUGGAGCAGGCCGAGGCAAGGCUGCUUUCGCUGCGCGCCGUGCAGCGGCGCCGCACCAAGCAGGACGACGCCGGCAAGACCGCCUCCCAGAGCCAGAAGAUCCAUGCCCAGUUCGGCAGAUUCGGCAGCUGGCUGGCAAAGCAGAGCGAGAUCUUGUUGCAGCAGGCCGAAGCCGCAGACGAGAAAGAGGCGGCGCUGCGGCGUGCGGCUCUGCAAAAGAAGGAAGAUGGUGCCGAGGCCGCCCUGCGCAGCGAGGCCGACUUCCACAGCGCCCAGGUGGUCCGCCAGCAUGUCCUCAGGUUCCUGGAUACCCAGGCGCACGCCAGAGAGGCCGAGGACCGUGAAGGGCUCUUUUUCCGAUGGCUGCGGGACUUUCACAGUGAGUACGACGAGGCAUGGUUCGAGCAGAACCUGAUGCGUAUUGAUUUGGCCUUCCGGCAGAUGUUUGAGGAGGCAGUCGCACAACAUCAGCAUCAAAGCCCUCUGAGAAAGCAGCUUGGUGCAUCAAGGGCCGCAUCCAGCGCUGAGUCGAAAAAGGGUGAAGUGCAUCAACGCAGCAUGUCUGGGCAUGUUCAAUGUAUCCGGUAG